GGGCCGCCUCUGGCCCAGCAUGAAUCUCCUGGGCUGAGCGGGCCCCUCCAGUGCGCUGCGCUCCAGCCAUGGAGUGGGCCGCGCUGCUCCUGCUCCCGCUGGCGCUCUGCGCGCUGCUCUACCUGCUGGGCCGCUGGCUGCUCGGCCUGGACGGCGACCUCACCCUGCUGUGGGCGGAGUGGCGGGGCAAGAGGCCAGAAAAUGAACUGCCUGACAAGGUCGUCUGGGUGACAGGAGCCUCAAGUGGAAUUGGAGAAGAAUUAGCUUACCAGCUGGCAAAGAUAGGGGCUUUAAUUGUGCUUUCCGCAAGAAGAGAGAAUGAAUUGGAAAGGGUGAAACAGAAGUGUCUCGAGAUCUCCAACUUGAGCAGUAAAGAUAUCCUUGUUUUGCCCCUUGAUCUGACUGAUAGAAGCUCCCAUGAAGCUGCAACUAAAACCGUGCUUCAGCAUUUUGGCAGAAUUGACAUUUUGGUGAACAAUGGUGGACGUUCCCAGCGCUCCCUGUUUGUGGAUACGAAGGUGGAAGUCUAUGCUGCCAUAAUGGAACUUAAUUACCUGGGUACAGUCUCCUUAACUAAACAUGUCCUGAAUCACAUGGUCCAAAGGGAGAAAGGGAAGAUUGUAACUAUGAGCAGUGUAAUGGGCAUCAUGGGAGCCCCCCUUGCCACAGGAUAUUGUGCCAGCAAGCAUGCCCUCCAGGGUUUCUUUAAUUCUCUUCGGCCUGAACUUGGGGAAUACCCGGAGAUAAUCAUUACCACCAUCUGUCCAGGACCUGUCCAAUCCAAAAUUAUACACAAUGUCUUUACUGAAGACCUCUCAAAGUCACUAGAAAACACCGGUGAUCAGUCCCACAAAAUGCCAACUGAUCGUUGCGUUCGACUUACAUUGGUCAGCAUGGUAAAUGAUCUGAAAGAAGCCUGGGUCAGCGAUCACCCAUAUCUAGCAGUCUGCUACCUUUGGCAAUAUGCACCCACCUGGGCAUGGUGGCUUGUGAACAAGAUGGGCAAAAUAAGAAUAAAAAACUUCAAGAGUGGAGUGGAUGCUGAUGUCUCCUAUUCUAAAAAGAAGAAAGCUUGAAGAGAAACCUGCACAGAACCCCACUAAACCAAAGCAUCAGAGGGGUAGCCGUGUUAGUC